CCGGUAAUAGAUACUUUCAUUGUACUAAUUUAUACAAAAGUACUCCAUGGUACUUGCGAAGAACAUAUAAAUAUGGGUGUAUAAAAUGUCAAAGUCAGUAAGUCUAAGUGAUUGAAGCAAGAUGAGGACUGCCGUAAUAAUAUUAAUAAUAUUUGUAUCCUCUGCAUUAGCUGCCCAAGGACCACUUCGGGAAAAAGAUAUUAUUCCAAUAAUAAGUCAGGACAGGCAAUUUAAUUUUGAUGGAACGUUUCGCUCAUCAUAUAAAACCGGGAAUGGUAUAACUGUAGAAGAGGAAGGUUUCUUAAAAAAUGCUGGAAACAAAGACACUGAGUCAGAGCAAGUACAGGGCGCAUUUCAAUACACAGCACCAGAUGGCUCUCCAAUCCAGGUAACCUACAUAGCAGACGAAAAUGGUUUCCGAGCUACAGGACCUCAUCUUCCAGUACCUCCAGUUGACGAUAAAACACCACCACCCAUUCCAUUGGCCAUCUUAAAAUCACUUGAAUAUAAUGCGGCACAUCCAGAAGAAAAUGAUGAUGGAGAAGGAAAGAUUAGACCACCAAGACGAUUCUAGUUUUUGUAUUUAAAGAAAAAAUGAUGAUGGACAAGGAAAGAAUCUUCAUUGACGAAGAUUCUAGUUGUUGUAUUUAAACGAUUUUUAUGCAAUUUUCUGCAUAAAUUAAUAAAUGAUAUUUAAAUGUUUUUAAAUAAAUAUUUCUUAACAAGAA